UACAAGAGGCACUAUAGGUCGGACGAAAUUGCUUCAAACUCCGCAAAUGCUUGCUUCAAGGCCAUCACUUACUGUGCGAGACGCGCGUCUGUACGAAUUGUCAAUUUAGUGGCGUUCUGAGAGGCGCUGAGCGCACCCAAAUUAAUACAAGCGACAUAGUGUGCAUAUUGAUUCAUUUCGCAUUAUAUUUGUAGUAACAAAUGUAUUUAUACAGGCAAUAGGGUGCUCGGCGAUUCUCGGCCACGAAAUUGGAGAUACCUCGCGACUACCUGGAGUGGGCCCUUGACGGUGACGACGCCUUCAAAGCAGGACGAAAGAUGAGGUGCUGUUUCGACAAUGAGCUGCAUUGUCUCGUCGGCAUCUCUCAAUGCAUCAGUUGAUGAGUGCCGCAUGGUUUCAGGCAGGUUCAACUGCGUCCCCAUCAUCCCCAUGGCCAGCUCCAGCACGAAUGACCAGUAUGUGAUGAGCAAGCCUGCCGACUGGGUCGUCUGAAAACACAAGUGGUCUGCUCCUUUCUCGAAAACAGGGAUACACUCUGGGUCAACUUCUUUGACAGCGUCUGACGGUUCAUAAGUCGAGCGCCAGUAGAGGGGCCCUUUCUCAGCAACGCUCCAGUCAUCAAGCCAUUGUCUCAGCUCGAAUAUUGAUAUUCGGUAGUCCAUGAGAAGGGUUUCUGUGAUGGGCAGAUUUGCCUCUCUGCUAAUUUCGUCUGUUGUUUCCAGAGCUAGCUCAUCUGUUCGCUGUAGCAGAGCUGGGAUAUGCAUCGCGAUAUCAUGAAGAAGCUCCCUCCGUGUCUUUUUGAAAUUUUGAAACGGGUCGUGUAUCCAGUGCGGUUCUGCAAGAAAAGUUGACUGACGCCUUUCAAGCGCAACAGACAGCUAUUCAUGGUUAGUGAAGAUCUUUUGUCGAGGGUGGAUAGCUUACAAGGAUGCCUCUGAAACCACUGAACGCCUGCCGUAAGUGCUCUGUUUCGUACGUCUCUGGCCCUGACAUUUUCAAGACCUCUAGUGCACCGCCAACAUGCGCUUCAAGGGCACUGUUGAGUCCUUGUUCAUUGUUCAGAAGCUACUUACACAUCAGUAUAUGCUAAUCAGAUCUCUCUUGAGAUGGUUACCAACCUCAAAUGCUUGGAAUGCCACGGUAAUCAAUAGAAGUACAUGUAGCGGCGCGGUAGAUCCUGGAUCGCGCGUGUACUUUUUGACCACCUGUUGGAUAUGGGUAUGCGAUUCACCCAGCGCGGACACAUAUGACGACUGAGCCAGGGCAGCGAGCUUUGCAUCCCCUCUGAGCCCUCCCAUAUAUGCGGACAGCAAGCUGAACAUGGACAUGUCCAUUACCUUCCAGUUGAGUGCUGUGACGGGCAGCAGCGCACGUAUACACAGAGCAAUGCUGGAGUAUAUAGGGUCCUUGCGGGAAAUACGGUCACCGCUGAAUAUUCUCGCCGGUGCUAACGGCUGAAAAUCCUGCACCAGCGCUAGCAGCGCCAUACGACCCGGUGUCCGGGCCAGAGCAACAUUAGGUGCGGGAUGUGGUGUGAGGCUGCGGCCAUGGCCUUUCUUUUGAUCAUGCAGAGCAUUCAACAAAACAGCUCUGUCUGACUGAUGCUUCAUGUUUGAUUCAUUUCGAUGAACAAAUGUCCUUGAUGCCUUGGGGCCGCUGCACUGGAUCCCAGCAACAGCGCACCGGCGGCAAACAGGGCUAUCGAGAUCGCACUAUUCCGAUUAGCGCCCGCGAUCAUCUGCAUGGACCACUCUACGCACUUUCUUCUUCUUCUUCCGGCACUCGUUGCAUCCCCGUGACGCGCCCGGAUACAGCGGCAUGUUUGGUUGAUGAGGCGUUGUAGGGUUCAAGUUGCAAGCUCGCCAUCGUCGCACUUGUGGAUUCUAUUCGUUCGGCCGGCCCGGUGUAGUCGAUGUAAAGCCAUGAUCAGUGCAGCACGGUAGGCUCGGAACCGCGAAGGAAAAAUAAAAUCAGAAUGAAUUCGAGCGGUCUCUAGUACAUUUCGAAAUUUCGGCAUUUUGAUUUCAAAGCAUCAUGGCGAAUGUUUUAUUCCGCGGCGUCGCGCAGAUUCUACGGCAUGUUUGGUAAUCUUCAUACUAGUCCCAAACGGGAAGCCACUGCGCUUGCCCGCCAAUUGACAUCACAGGCGGGGAGCUUCCAGACGCUCGGCUGGCACUAUAAAAGUGUCAAUGCUAGCUCUCCUCUCGUCUUCCUUUGGGCAGAUUAUACCACAGACACACUCUACAACAGACAAACUAUCAUCACCAUGAUUCCCAACACGGCAAUUGUCCUCAUCGACCCCUUGAACGACUUCCUCCAUCCCUCUGGCAAGCUCUACCCUCUUGUAAAGGACAGCUUAGAGGCGUACGAUGCCCUCAACCACAUCAAGCAAGUAAUUGCCGCUGGCCGUGCCGCCAAUGUGCCAAUCUACUAUGGCCUGCACCAGAUGACCAAAGACGGCUCCUACGCUGGCUGGAACCACAUGAACGCUACUCAGAUGCAGGCCCGCGACCACACAGCCUUUGAUGAGAAAUUCGGUGGUCAAAUCUUGGAGGGUCUUGAACCUGAGUUGAGCAACGGCGAUGUUGUUCUAUCUCGUCAUUGGAACAGCAGCUCUUUUGCCAACACCGACUUGGAAUACCAGCUACGCCAGCGCGACAUUACCAAGCUAGUUUUUGCUGGUUUGACCACGAAUACGUGUCUAGAGACUACUGCACGAUACGCGCGUGAACUCGGUUUCCACACCACGUUGCUGACCGACGCCACCGCCGCUUUCUCAGUCGAACUCGCUGAAGCUGCUACGAAACUUGUUUGGCCCUUGAUUGCCGACAAGCUCAUGACCACUGCAGAAUGGGUUGCCAGCGUGCCCAAGGACUCCGAGCCAGCCCUUCAAGGUAAAAUAUAAAUCGAUAAGGGCGCGAACAGCGCAACAGUACAGUGUGGUUAUCGGUUUGAACUUUUCGGCGUCUGGGGAGAGGGGGGUGGCGAAAUGAGUAGCAUAAAUAACGUAUUGUUAAAUUGAAAUACAAUUAUUAUU